GUUUAUUCCCUUCAUCACAGUCAACAGCUGCGGAGCGGAGCGCGGGCUUGGCUGGUCCUCUACCUGCCAGGAAGCGGAGCUGUGAGGGCUGCCUGACGACGAGCCUGAGGAGGCCCGAGCCUGAGGAGGACGGGCUGCCUCGGCCUCCCGCCGCCUCACCUCCUCGGCCUCCAGCCUCGGCCUCCGGCCGCCUCACCUCCUCGGACUCCAGCCUCGGCCUCCUGCCCCAGGCCCCCAGGGCGCGCCCAGCAUGUCUAUGGCCGUGGAGACCCUCGGCUUCUUCGCGGCGGCCCUGGGCCUGCUGCUGCUCGGCGUGACCCUCCCAAACAGCUACUGGAGGGUGUCCACCAUCCACGGCAACGUCAUCACCACCAACACCAUCUUCGAGAACCUGUGGUACAGCUGUGCCACCGACUCCCUGGGCGUCUCCAACUGCUGGGAGUUCCCGUCCAUGCUGGCCCUGUCCGGGUACGUCCAGGGCUGCCGCGCCCUCAUGAUCACCGCCAUCCUGCUGGGCUUCCUGGGCCUCCUCCUGGCCAUGCCGGGGCUGCGCUGCACCACCGUGGGCAACAUCGCGGCGCCCAGGAAGGCCAGGCUGCUGGCGGCCGCGGGCGCCUUCCACGCACUUGCCGGGACCUGCGGGAUGGUGGCCAUCUCCUGGUAUGCCGUCAACAUCACCACCGACUUCUUCAACCCCCUGUAUGUGGGGACCAAGUACGAGCUGGGGCCAGCGCUGUACCUGGGCUGGAGCGCCUCCCUGCUGUCCCUCCUGGGCAGCGUCUGCCUCUUCUCCACCUGCUGCUGUGCCAAGAAGGACCCGGCCACCAGGGCUGCGCCUCCCUACAAGGCCUCUGCGGCGGUGAUGCCCCGAGCCGCCUCGGACGAAAGCGGCGUGAGCUUCGGUAAAUACGGCAAGAACGCCUACGUGUAGAGCCCAGGCCGCCCCUCCUGGUGCCCAGGCCCGGCCCGGCUACGGAGCGGGCACAGGCCGGGGUCGCCCCGACAAGCCCAGCAGCACUCCAGCCGCUCCGACAGAGGCGCGGGCCGGGGCGGAGGCUCCCGAACCCGCGCGCCAAUGAGUGUACACUGUGAUUGCCCACUAGAGGGUCGCCUCAAACCUCACGCUCAGAUCUGCCCCCGAGGGGCCGUCUCCUCUCCUGAAGUCGUGUGCCCGGGGGUGUCUGCUACCCGAGCGUGGGGCGUGAGUUCGCAUCCCCAGCCCCGUGUCAGAGCGGGACACACACACACGCACACGCCCGCCGCCCGCACGCUCGCUCAAGGUGCGACCCUGUCUCCCGGGAAGACAGUGGAGAGCGAUGGAGCGGAAGCCCUCCCAGCCCUGCAGGCGCGCAGACUGUGCGCACGCGCACACGCACAUUCUCAAUGGCAAGUGAUUUGAGGAGGAGCUGCUGGGACGCUCGGGCUCGGCACUCAGGAAAUUAGAGUGGCCCCGUCCCGCCAGGAGCCCUCGGGGGACGAGCGCCCUUCCUGUCCUCACGGCUGUGAGGGGCAGCUAUCUAGAGCGGGCGCGUGCGGAGGAGAUUUGGGGUUUAGUAAAGAUCUCGUGAAAGGCGCAA